GCGCUGCAGUUUGAAUGGCCAAAUAAUUAUUGUUUUUUUACGUGUAAACAGAUUAUGACGGUGGAAAUAUCGUUCAAAAUGUUUACUUUCAUUAAGUACUUUAAAACCGUAAUUUUAUUACAAUCUAAACAUUUUUAGUAUGUAAACAAAUAGUAUAACAUCAUAUACUUUAUUUCAAGAGGAAUUCUAAUGUACUGUAAUUUGUGUAAGAUAUGUGCAUGUCUAAAUUCAGAAGUAGUGAGCUCAGCAAAACAUAAAUACAGUGACAUCAGAGAGAUAGAAUUUUUGACAUCAUCAAUCUAUAUUUACCAAUCUAACAACGUAAGUCUCUCGUCUGUCAAACAGUGCACCUCAGGUCUUGUAAAAUUAGUUAGUGCAUUAUCAUAUCAGUGUGGAGUUCCUAUAGUCUGUGGGGAUCCUGCGCUCUUGCGUCAGUCGUUGUUCGAUCUGUUAACGGGAAAGUAGAACAGCAAAGGCUGCGCCGUGUUCCCGACAAAUUUUCAGUGGCCGAGGAAGUUAACUCGCAGAAUCAAAAUGAGUCUUCCUUCAAAGAAAACCAAGGAUGAUGCUAACAGAGAAGUGUCAGAUGUCGCUAAAGAUGCCAAGAGUUUCAUUGAAAAAAUUUUGGGUGAUGUUAGUAAAACAUCUGCUACUAAACAGAUAAUCAUUGGAACUACGUCAGGAUGGGCCACUGGCUUUAUGACCAUGAAAGUUGGAAAAGUUGCAGCCUUUGCUGUUGGUGGUGGCAUCAUCAUGCUUCAAAUUGCCGCAAAUCAGGGAUACAUCAAAAUUAACUGGGACAAGAUUCAAAAGAAGGCUGACAAAAUCACAGACAAAGUCGAAGAAAAACUAACUGGUGAAGGUCCAAAACUAAUGGAUAAGAUGGAGAGGUACGUGGACAAGAAGCUGAACAAGGCCGAGCAGCUGUUGAAGAACGGUGAAUCACGUGGACGUCGUUGGUAUCAAAACAUCUGUUCAACUGGCGAUGGUGAACCAUUCCGUGCUAAGGAAAUACACUUCUUCUUGGUAUCUUUCGCCGCGGGUGUGGCGAUAGGCUUGGCAUCGGCCAACUAGGUAAACGAGUGCUGCGCUUUGAUCGUAGACUUGCGCAGCAAAUGGAAACCCAAUCAACCUGAAAUUAUCGCCCCAUCAAUCGUUGAACCCGUCAAUCCUAUCGACUCACUUACAAGGUUCGUCGAGGAUUUUAAAAAGAAUUUUUACGAGUUUCGCGCUUAUUGUCGAGCUCGCGUGCCUGAGAGAUUAUUCUAAAAUAGGGCAUCAUUUCUUUUGGGUUCUAACUGCCCGUUUUGGUUGGAUAAGCGUUUAUCUAUUGAUACAACGAUUGUGAAUUUGCAAUUUUCUUAUUUCAUUUCUCAUUGAUCGCGCGAAUUGUUAUAAAAAAUAUGGUAUUACCUUAAAGUGUGAUCUAACGUUGUACUGGAAUCUAUUCAAUUAUAUAAUAGGUAAAAAUACAGCUUUAUCAAUGCUAAUCCAAUCAAACGAAUGAAAAACUGACCAUCUAAAAAAAUGCAUAUAUGCGUUUAAAAUGCAGCACGAUUAAGAAAAAAUACUUUAGAAUGAAAGAAAAAAAAGAAUAGUAUAAUAGUAUACUUUAGUACAUAUUCAUAAACUGUCAUUCAAACAAUCUACUAGUGUUUUAAGCCAAUCAAUUAAUCUUAUACAAUGAUCUUUUUUUUUAUUGUACGUAUUUAUUUCUCAGUAAUUAGUUUUGAAUUUUUGAACGAAUUUACCGAAUUUUUAUUUACAAUAAUCGUGUGAGAUUGAUUUUUUGGUUGUUGCAUUUGAAAUGUUUUCUUGAUAUGUACAUAAAAUAUUGGCACUCCCUUCGCUUUUUAGUCCUAACACUCAGUUGUUUGUGUUCAUAUUAGUGUAAAUUAUUAUAUUUUUUCGCUUUGAGAGUGCAUACUUACACAAAUACACGCAUAUAGCCGAUAAUGUAAGAGAAAAAUAUGAGUUUCGGGCUAUCUCGGAAUGAUACUUGUUGAAUAGUAUUAUAAAAAAGAAACUUAUGUAAUGUAGCACUUAAAUGUAAAGCAAAAAAGCAAGGAAUCUGUAUAUUGAAAUAUCUAAAAACAUAUGCAUAAAACCUUGCGUGUUAGCAAGGCGUCGAGCGACGUUUAGUUCUGUGAAU